AUGGCCUCAGCACAUUUUUUCAUUUUUGCAGUUCGUGUUGCCGCACUCAGGCAUCAAGAGAAGUUCACUAUUCGUGCUGGCACAAAUCUUCCUGUCGGUGAACACUAUUUCAGAGUCACUGGCAAGACAGGCAAGUUUAAAAUCGUCAUAGAAAAGGAGCAAACUGUCAUCCAGCUUAAUGGACCAAUGCAAAGUGAACCUGUGUAUCUGCAGUUUUCAGCAAAUGAAGACGGAAGCGGAAAAAAGUUCACAUUAAAAAUUUGCCCUGAUAAUUUGAACUGUGCGGUGGAUAACCAGGCUGACGUCAGAGCUGCCAACGCUGACUACAAGAGGCCGUCGUUAGAAACUCAGCCAGUGAACACUGUUGGGAACGCUGAAAACCGGAAGCCUCCACCAGAAAUCAAGCAUGUCGACACAGCUGCUAACGCUGGCUACAACAGGCGUCUAGUAAAAGAACAUCCUACCAGCACAGCCACUAAUGUCUUCUCUCUUGUGCUCAUUUUUAUGUGGUCUGCAAGGCUGCUUGUAGAGAUGUAG